UGAUCCACACUCCUUACCAGUUGGUGGCGGUAAUGCACCAUUUUGUUGUUUGCCAACCACCAAUUAAAACGCCAGAAGAAGAAGAAUACUGGCGCCAAACCUGACGACCGUCUCGGUUGCUGCUUGAUAGGAGAAAAGCAGAAGUAUAGAGCAAAAGAAGUUGCUGAUCACAUACUACAUGGCACUAUGGAAAGCAGUAAUACAGAGAUCGACAGUACUGAGGUAUCGGAGGAUGAAAGUUGUGAAGAGCAAGACACAUACAUUUCGAAAUAUAGGCAGAUAUCCUCCUCGGAGGAUGAAUGUUCUGAAGAGGAAGAGACAUACUUAUCGAAAAAUGGACAAAUGCGCACCUCAGUUGAUGAAAAUUCUGAAGAGACAUACAUGUCGAAAAAUAGGGAAAUUUGCUGGUCUUCAAAAGUACUAGAACAAGAAGGUCCAGCAAUGGUGCCAGCGCAGUGUGUAUUGAAGAAAAGGCCUACUCCGGGGCCAACGAAAUCAUGCAUUUCCCAAGCCCAGGAUAUAAUGUCUACAUUUAAGUUAUUCAUUCCAAAAUCGAUGGAGAAGAUCAUCAUCGACAGGACAAAUCUGGAAGGGAAAAGGAGAUUUUCCAAAAACUGGCAAGAAUUCACAGCGAGUGAAUUCGAUGCAUUUAUGGGUCUUUUAAUUAUGGCAGGGGGUGUUGAAUCAGCUAGGGAAUCCGCUAUAAGUCUGUGGAACCAAAAAACGGGAAGGACGAUUUUCCGGGCUACGAUGACCAAAAAAAGAUUUUGUGUGUUGUCUAAUGUCAUGCGGUUCGCCAAUCCAGAGUCGAAAGUAUUGAAGAAAUCGACGGACAAGCUGGCUGCGUUCCGGGACGUAUGGGACACGUGGUCAAGCAACCUUUCCAUUAUGUAUAAUCCCGGCCAUGAUAUAACAAUUGACGAGCACCAGGUUCCAUUCAAAGGCAGGUGCCCGUUUCGGGAGAACAUGCCACACAUACCCAGCAAGUCCGACAUCAAACUGUGGGCAGCGUGCGAUUCAAGAUCCAGCUAUUGCUGGAAAGUCCAGGUCUACACAGGCAAGCCUCCGGGGGAAGAAACGGAAGAAAACCUUGCAAAACGCGUAGUGCUGGACUUGUCGAAGGGGCUGAAGGGGCAGAAUGUUACCCUAGGUAGUUUUUUCACGUCUUUUGACCUGGGUCAAGAGCUGCUCAAAAAGAAACUGACUAUGACAGGCGAAGUGCGCUGCAGUCGGCCGGAGCUGCCGUCUGACUUCCUCAUAAGCAAGGGCAGGCGACUGCACAGCUCAAAAUUCGGAUUCUUCUCAAACACAACCAUUGUGUCGUAUCUGAAAAAAAGAACGAAGAACAUGCUCCUUAUGAGCACCUUCCACAAAAAGCCUCAAAUCAGCGAUCGCCUUGAUCGAAUGCCCCACAUUGUAAUCGAUUACAAUGAAAAUAAAGGUGGAGUGGAUACAAUGAACAAAUUGACUUCAGCGUAUAGUACAAUACAAAAAACAACGCACUGGACACUUGCACUCUUCUGUGACAUGCUGGACAUUGCCGCGCACAAUGCCUGUGUAGUGUGGAAUGAGAUUAACCCUGAGUGGAAGACGGGAAAGAGAUACAGACGCAAGCUGUUUCUGCAGGAGUUGGGUGAAGCCCUAGUAGCUCCUGCAAUGCAGCAGCGGACAAGACUCAUCAGACGCUUUGUAGGUGCCGGAGUGGCGAUGGAGAGGAAAGACCUGCCAGCCCCACCGGCCCUGCCUGCCUCACAGGGCAAAGGAAGGAGUGGGUGUGUCCUUUGUGAUAGUGGAAAGGCGAAACAAACAAGAGUGGUGUGCAAUACGUGUGGCCAUUUUGCUUGUCAUCCCAGGUCGAGCGUAUCGAAAGACCUGAAUCAGCAGGUAUGGACGGAGCAACACCCCCUCAUAUACCCGAAGCCUUAUUAGAUGAAAUAGACAACAUCAACAACACUAAUAAUGAAAAUGAUGCGGUUUAUCAAAACUACUUUGCUCAACACGACUCGCCACCCGCAAUGUCUGGUGAAGCCAGGGUCGAAGAGCCCUGUUUCCUACCAUCCUUAGAGACAUUAAUAAGCAUGUUAAACGAAAGGGUCUCUGAAUCAGCAGGCAUGGACGGAGCAACACCCCCUCCUAUACACGAAGCCUUAAUAGAUGAAAUAGAGAACAUCAACAACGCUAAUAAUGAAAAUGAUGCGGUUUAUCAAAACUACUUUGCUCAACAUGACUCCCCACCGGCAAUGUCUAGUGAAGCGAGGGUCAAAGACCCCUGUUGCCUCCUAGAUGCAUUAGACAGCAUUAUGACCCCUUGAUGGAGUUUGAUCAGGGUCAUAUUGUGGGUUUGCAUGAGGCUGGGUGGUCAUAUCUUGCAAUUGCCCAGCAUGUGGGGCAUGCAGAUGUCAUAGUUGCCCGAUGAUGGAACCAUUGGGCACGUGAGGGCACCCACACAGGUUGUGAAGGUUCUGGUCAACCAAGACAGACCACACCAAGAGAGGAUCGUUGUAUUGUGCACCAAGCAUUACAGAAUCCCAUGCCAUCUACGCCUGCCAUCUGGACAUAGGUAUUGGACUCUACAACGGCUGAAUUUGGAGUGGUGCCGUAACCGGGAGGCCUGGACUGAUGAUGAGUGGCGUCGUACCAUGUUCAGCAAUAAAUCUCGGUUCUGCAUCUGUGUGUAUGGUGGUGCCGAGGGGAAAGGACCAAUCCUGCCAAUGUUGUGGAGAGACAGUUAUAUUAGCAGCUUCUGUCAAAUCCCAUUGCUAGAAUUUAGUAAAAAGACGAACAUGUUGAACAAUUUUGGUCAGCUAAACUAAUUCGGCUUACAGACAACGGCAUUUGUGCUGCUGUGUGCUGACCACAUUCAUGAGGUUAGGAAUCUGCCUGUUUUCAAGCAAAGGCCAAAAGACAUUGUAAAAUUAAACUUAAACUAUGUGAAUGGAGGUAGUGCACAGGUGUUCUAACGAAACAUCCUACCCAUCGAAAUGAUCAACUCACUGCUACUACGCAUGCGCAGAUCAAAAUUUCGCGAAUCUUCUGGAAGCUUACCAACUGCUUGUCGAUCUAUCCUACCUAGUGCUGAAGUUUGAGG